UAAAUGACCAAUAAAAGUGGGACAAAAAAAUUUGCCAGAAUGACGGUUAAAUAUGAGUCGGAUUGAGGAUUCCUUGCAGGCAACAUACCCUGGUCUGGUUGGGCCACGUGUGAGAAUGAAUCUUUCCUAGUUUCCUCACUAUAUAUUGACAAGUACACUUCUUUUGUUGUUGACAGACACAAUGCUAACGUUGUCUGAAGUGACGUAAUGAUAUUAUUAUUAUUGGGCAACUAAAUUUAAUCUAUAUGAACCACAAUAUUUAAAUCAGAAAAUUUGUAAAUUUAUUUAUUAAGAUUUAUUGUCAACGACUCAACUGAUCAGUUUCGAGAGAGAGGGGUGUUUGCUAGAAGAAACUGCUUUGGAGUGACCGUGGUCAUUUCCUAACGAAACCACAAGAAGAAACUGAAAUGGUCUUUCAAGCCAAAAAUUGCCUUCACUCGAUUUUUAUUACUGUGAAUGCAACCUGUUGGACGAAUUGUCUGAAACGUGCAACGUGUAUUCUUUCUCUCGUCCUGAGUAUCCGGUUCUAAGUCUUCUUUCAAUUCACAUGCUGAUUUCUAUUAUGUUUCUUUGAUUUUCCCUGUGUUUGUGGUUAUGCCUGAGAAAAAAUGGAUUUUUUUUACUGCAUGAUGGAUCCAAAUGCCGAUUGAAACAAUGUUUCAUAUUAUAUUUUCUCAUUUCAAAGAUUUUAAAAACAUACCCAAGAAUUAGCUGCCAAAAUACUAUGUUUUUGGUAAUUCAUUGUCCUGUGAGUAUGAAGGUCUGAAGCAUCUUUAUAAAUACUAUAUGAUGUCUGCUGUAAUAGAUGGACUCUCUAAAUGAAAGGCCAGUUCAAGAGAUCGAAAACGAGAGUCCUCAUAUCCCUGAAAGAUCUGCUCAGAAUUCAGAAUCUACCAAGGAGGCUGAACAAGGAUCAUGUUCUGGAGCAUUGUAUGCCACGCAUCAGAGAACACUCAGGAGUAUGGUUUUCAACAGUAUACAAAUUGUGAUGUUCUCAAAUAGACUCAAUUUGCUUAUGUCUCUUGGGCCUUUGGCAAUUAUUGUGGAGAAAUUGACUAAUCAUCACGGUUGGGUCUUCACUCUGAGUUUGUUGGGUAUAAUGCCUUUGGCUGAGCGGCUAGGUUAUGCUACAGAGCAGCUGGCAUUUUACUCUGGAGAUGCUGUUGGGGGUCUUCUGAAUGCGACUUUUGGAAAUGCGACAGAACUGAUCAUUUCAAUAUAUGCAUUGAAAAGAGGAAUGACAAGAGUUGUCCAGCUCUCUUUGCUGGGGUCAAUUUUGUCUAACAUGUUGUUGGUGCUUGGAUGUGCAUUUUUUUGUGGUGGGGUUGUUUUUAAUAAGAAGGAGCAGGUUUUUAACAAGGCAACAGCUUCAGUGAACACAGGAUUGUUGUUGAUGGCAGUCAUGGGCCUACUUUUUCCUGCUGUUCUUCACUACACACGCACUGAGGUCCAUUUUGGGGAGUCAGAGUUGGCCCUUUCAAGAUUCAGCAGCUGCAUCAUGCUUGUAGCUUAUACUGCAUACCUAUUUUUCCAGUUAAAUAGUCAAAGAAGUCUCUAUCUCUCUUUGAAUGAGGAGGAGGGGAAUCAUGGAAACUGCAUAGAAGACGAUGAAUCUCCUGAUAUCUCUAAAUGGGAAUCAGUAACCUGGCUUUCAAUUAUGACUGCUUUGAUAUCAGUUCUAUCAGAAUAUUUAGUUGGUGCUAUAGAGGGAGCAUCAACUUCAUGGAAAAUGCCAGUGUCUUUUAUCAGUGUAAUAUUGCUUCCCCUAGUGGGAAAUGCUGCAGAGCAUGCCAGUGCUAUCAUGUUUGCAAUGAAAGAUAAGCUUGAUCUUUCCUUGGGAGUAGCAAUAGGUUCAUCCACGCAGAUAUCUAUGUUUGUGAUACCACUUUGCGUGAUUAUUGGGUGGAUAAUGGGGCAUCCUUUGGACUUAAACUUUCAACUUUUUGAGACAGCAACACUGUUUCUAACUGUUAUUGUUGUAGUCCUCUUGUUGCAGGAAGGGACUUCUAAUUACUUCAAGGGACUUAUGCUUAUUCUAUGCUAUCUGAUAGUGGCAGCCAGUUUUUUUGUACAUGUAGACCCUUCUUACUAGAUCAGACAGUGGACAUACUGUCCUAAAAGAAUGGUCAAGAGGAAGAGGUUACGUUCUCUUGUCCUAUUGUAAAUUUAAGAGAUAAAUUUGUCUUGAUUUUUAAACUUCAACCUUCAGCUUAUGCUUCCUAAAUGCAAUACUUCUUUUGCUAACUA